CGCCAGCGAUCUUCGCUUUCCAGGGUCAUUAAUUCUUGUCUUUUUGCUGCAGAACAAGCACAUGUUCAUUUUCAUAACAUAAAGCAGAGCUGUUAUUUCUAAGAGUUGUUCUUCAUUUCCUGUGAGCUAUUCUCAUUGGUAAUUUAACGCUCUACGUUCUGUUUUUGAAUGAAAGGUAGUAGAGAUCUCUGGCCACUCGUGCUAACGUUCUGUUCGUCGGAAUGAUGGAUUUCCUCUUGGAGAUACACCCGGAAGUGUUAACGGAAGAAAUGUUGUUUCUAAGAGAAAUGAGUGGAAAUAACCCAUUUUGAGGAAGCCAUGGCAAAAUUAAAUACAAAGCGCAGAGUUUGUUCUCGGGAAUCUUCAGUAUCUUCUCUGUUAGCAAGCUGCAACCUGAGUGGUAGUAAUUCCUCUAACUCUGAUGGCUCUUUUCAGUAUAAGGAUAGACUGUACAGUUCUGCAUCUCAGGCUCUACAGGCCUAUAUUGAUGAUUUUGAUCUAAGCCGUAUGUAUCUUGGUGCAAGCACUGGAAAGAUUAACAUCGAUAAAUGUUCUGCUAAUAUGCCAGAAUUCUCCAACUAUGUUUAUAAACCAAAGAAUGCUUUUGAAAAUCUUGAUGACAAAAAAGAUUUGUCCUUAUCCUGUAGAGGACAGACUAUUAAUGACAUGGACUCCAUUAGCCUAACAACUGAUGAUCUAUUAAAACUUCCAGCAGAUGGAUCAUUUUCUUUCACUUAUGUUGGAGCAGGUCAUGGAAUUAGCAAGAAAAGCAAAAAACAUACUGGAAGACUGAGUUCAUCCAACAGUGAAAAGAAUCAAAAUUUUCAAGAACCAGCCACUCUCCUGGGCAAGGAUAACUUAGUCACCCCGGUUGUAUACACAAAUGUAAAAGGAAAGCAGUGUGGUAGGCUGAAAAACCCAAAACUUGUGAAUAAGGUUAAUAAAUGUGUUUCUGUACCAUCUUUAUCUUUUAACAAGAAAUCAUCUUUUAGGGACAGUCCAGAACACAAACUUGAAAAGAAUUACCCAAGAUGGCUCACUAGCCAGAAGUCUGACCUUAAUGUUUCAGGGAUAACGAGUAUACCGGAUUUCAAAUACCCACUCUGGCUCUACAAUCAAGACUUGCUGCCCGAUACAAAUAGUCAAAGGAUUUAUCAAAUAUUUAAAGAAGAUCACUGUUCCCCUAGGCAUAGUUACCAGGCACAAAGAACUUCUCAGCUAAUGAAUAAAUUAGAUUGUUUUGAAUAUUCUUUUGAACCGUCAAACAGUUCACAUUCCUUGAGUGAUGAUAAAGGAUUAGUUAAUGAAUAUGAAUGUGAUUCUGAACAUAGCCAAUGUCAGUGUGACAAUCCACUUCUCCCAGGAUCCAAAAAGCCAUUCAGUGGUGACAGAAUUGAAUUGCUUAUCCUGAAGGCCAAGAGAAAUCUAGAGCAUUGUACUGAAGAAUUACCGAAGUCUAUGAAGAAGGAUGACAGUCCUUGUUCAUUAGAUAAACUUGAAGCAGAAAGAUCAUGGGAAAAUAUUCCUGUUACUUUCAAAUCUCCUGUUCCGGUUAACUCUGAUGAUAGUGUUCAACAAACUUCAAGGGCAAAGUAUGCUGACGGGUUCCUUGAAGACUUUUUAAAUAAUGAUAAUCAGAGCUGUACCCUUUCUGGAGGGAAACACCAUGGUCCUGUUGAAGCCCUGAAACAAAUGUUAUUUAAUCUUCAAGCAGUGCAAGAAAGUUUUAAUCAGAAUAAAACCACAGAGCCAAAAGGCGAAAUUAAACAAGUUUCAGAAGAUGAUUUCUCUAAAUUACAGUUGAAGGAAAGUAUGGCUCCUGUUAAUAGGUCACUUCAAAAGGCUUUGCAACAUUUAUCUCGCCUGAGAGACCUGGUUGAUGAUUCCAGUGGGAAACAGUCACCGAAAAUAUGAAGAGGAAAAUAAAAGUCUAACCAAUAAAUAGUCACCACAGAACAAAAAUGUAUUUUUUUUCCUAUUGCUUAAACUGACAAAGUAAUUAGAAGCCAUAUAUUAUUCUGUGAUUGGUUCAAGUAUUAUAUAUUUUUUAAAAACCAGACUUGAAAAUGUCCAUAGAUUUUUGUGGUCUAUCCUCAUUUUGUGCCAAAAUACCAGGAGGUGAACUAGAAGGAUCCACACUAUAUGGCCUAGUCUGACUUUGGUCUUCAGGCUGUCAAAUGUCUAAUAUUCAAAGAUGGAUGAUUUCCGUUCUUGAAGCUUACAUGGACUUAACCUUCUUCAGCAUCCUCAUCAUUUUAUCAUCUGAUUCUGGAUCAUUAAGAAGCUUUUCCUGGUUUCUAUCCAAAAUCUCUUAAAUAGACUCUUUUAUAAAGUUAGUAUCCACUUAAGGAGCUUGAGGAAUGUCAAAAUUGUUAUGGUGUAUCUUAUCCAUAUGGAAGUAUGUUACUUUCAAGUUUCAUAAAGCAAACAUUUAAGAAUAUGUUAUAUUUGCAAAUAACAUUAAUUGGUGCAGUGCUAAAAGGAUGUUUUAUAUUGUGAAUUCCAGGAAAACCUCAUUUAAUUAAUGCUUUGAUUCUAUAUGUAAGAUAAUCUUGACAGUACUUGACAGUUUAUAAAAUAUUUGGGGGGGGGGUAUUUGAGAUGUUAAUAUUUUGAUAUUAUUUCCCAGAUUUAAGUUUUGAGGUUAGUUCAAACUAGUAAAAACUAUAUCAGUGGCCAGUUGCUUUAUGAAAUUUGAUAACUAAACUUAAAUGAAUAUGGAAAAUUAGAAAGUAACUCUGUAUUUUAAAGCUAUUUUGUAAGUGCUGAACUUUCUUUAAGGUUUGUCACUAGCUAGGACUGAACAGAGCUCUAUAAUUUUGCAACUUCUACCAAGCGAGCGUCUAAUAAGCAGGAAGCAUCUUUACCAACAAAAUGAAGAAAUAAUUCAUAAGACAUGGCAAAGCAUAUUAAAAAAGGCUGAUGAAAUUAAAGAAUAGGUAUGUAUACAAAUAGUACAAAUUAACACUUCCCAAAUUGGAGCGUUUUUGCUAAUAAGUAGCUUCACUGUCAAAUAGGAAUUUCUAAGUACAUUGGGUCAAAGAAUUUUUCCCCCCAAUUUAAAGCACUAUCUAAGACCUUUGUUAUAGAACUUACAUGUCAGAGACUGUGGAGUGAAUCCUGUCUUUUUUUUCCUUGCCUAGUGAGUCAGUCACUGUACUAUUCUUUUUGCCCAGUUUGAGAGUCACUUGCUAAUAAGUUUGUUGUGUUUACUCUGUGGAGGCGUUUUUGCCGCAGACAUUCUAUUUCUGCUUAUGGUCUUCUGCUUCACAGCAGAUAGUUUGCAUACAGUCAAACAAGACGUUACUUUGAUGAUUGAAAUGUGGUUGGCUGUUAAAAGUGCAGAUAGAUUUUAAGUGGAUGAACAUAGAUCUGAGCGGAGCAUGUUCCAGUGAAAUCCAGUAUCUAACGAAUUCUAAAGGCAGAGCAGACAAAGAUAUCAGAUAAUUACAUGUUAUCUGUUGAUCAGAUAUAAUAUGUUUAGUAUACCUAGAAAGCAUCUCCAAAGGGAUUAUUAUGCUGUGUUGACUCUGAGUAGCACUGAUUUGGUUAGUUCUCCCAUUUGCAAGAACAUAUAUCCAGUACUAAAUAAGAUAAGCCUGUUCUAAAAUUUUGUUACAACUAGUACUUUAAGAAACUUGAUUAUACUUACCCCAGAGUAUUUUUCCUUUUGUAUUAAAUAUGGAAGUUUAAGUUUUUUAGCAAAAAAGAGAACUUUAAAUGAUUAAUUCUAACCUUUCAAAAAAUAUAUAGGAGAUUCAAACAAGAAAAAAAUGUAAAUGAUAAAUGUUCAAUAAAUUCUUUAAGGAAUUGAUUUAAUUAAUUGUUAAAUAUUUCAGUAUUUUUUAUUUUGAGAUUUCCAGAGGAAAAAAAGGAGACAACAGUAUUGAGACUGAGUUGGGAAUUUAAAGCAGAUGAGAACAAUUAGUUUUAAAAAUAGAAUUGUGAAUAUAAAGUUUUAUCAACCUUUUUCUCUCUUUUAGGUAUAUUGAAAAAUAUUAAAUAGAAAAAGUGAUAAAAUUUGAAUAAGACAUUUCAGAUUUUUAAUUGAGCAUGAAAAAAUUUAACCUAAUUCCAAAAAUUAUUUGAGAUCAAGUGAUAAAAGUGUGAUGCAUAUGUGAAGACUUGAAACUCAACUGUAUUUUCUUUGUUAUCAGUAAGAACUCUCAGUUUUUUCUGGGACAAUUCAUUUCAGAUUCAUAGAGAUUUCUGACCAAACUGAGGAACUUUGUCUUCUUGGGUUUGUUUGGGUUAUAUGUCUCUCUAGUUAUGUUAUUUCUUGUUGAAAUUUAUAAAUGUGGAUUUGGGGGGUUAUUCUUUUGUAUUUAAUGUUUCGGAUAAUGUCUUGUUAAAUCAUAUGCAGUUAUACCAAAAUGUUGCCUGAAGAUAAAUCAUGACAAGAUUUCUUUUUUUCCCCCUAUGUUUUGAAUAUGUGGAAUCACUCAUUACUUUGAAUUUGUUUCCUUUUUUCCUGUCCCACCUUUCACUGUGUCUCAAAACCUCUUUGUUAGAAGUACUCUCAAGAAGUAAACUUGACAAUAGGCAAGUAGCAUGAAAGGGAACAAAAUUCAUCUGUGGCUAAGAUCAUUUUCCUUUUUUGAACAAAAAUAUUAGUUUUUUUACCCUCCCAGUUUAUUCUACAUUGUCCUUACGGUAGACCAGACAUGUCUGCGUAACAACUUUUUUUUUACAAUGUAGCAACUUCGUUACAUUAAUGGAGACUAGUCCAUUUGCCUCCUAAUAUUUGUUUCACCCAUGACCAUUCUUCCCCUCAUUUUCAGUUCAUACAUCCAAAGACAUCCUGACUAGUGUUUACAAGAUACUGUUGUACACACCGCCACUGUCAUCUUACUGAUUUAUUUCAGCAAGUUUGCUGCAGCUAAAUUGCUUUACUCAGAUUCUCCCAAGCUUUCUGUGUAUGUUCUCACCUUUAUGCAUAUUAUUUCCCAUACUUGAAAUACUCAGUUUUCUUUCAUUCUGGUUAUUUAAAGCUUACUCUGCCAUUUCUUUAAAGCUCUGACAGAGUUUAUACUUACUUUUCCAAACAUUCUCACCUUCCAAACUCUGGUAGGUUGGCUCUCCAUUUUCCUUCCCCAUCGCUCAUUUAGCUGUUAUAUUUCUUGUUUAUGUUUUUGAUAUUCCUCUCGUAGCAAAUUUGUAUCCCUAGGGGAGAAAAUGUCUCAAAAAGUAUUAGAUGAUUGAUUUUGUUUUGUCUCCUUGAUAGUGUCUCUUACAUAAUGAUGUAUAACCAGAAACAUGUAAAUUUAAAGUGUUAAUUGAUAAUUCUAAGCCUGAUUUCCUAUAUAAGGUUGUAAGCUCAAGAUAGGAGAAACCACGUCUUUUAUUUAUGUGAUGUCCUGCAAAUCCUUUUUAAAAUGAGGUAAAUUAAACCUAUUAUGGAAGACAUUUCUUUUUUGAUAUUACAGUUUAUCAAAUAAGAUUAACAGUUUUGUAUUUUGGAUGACUUGGUUAUAAGCUUUCUAACCUCUUGAGCCCUGAAAACUUUUAAGAUUUUUAGUUUUUAUAUAGUCUGCAUUUCAUCAGGUACAUGAACUAUUUUACAGGUCUAGGACUAAGUCUAGGGAAACUUUCAGUGGCUGGUUUUCAUUGUGUUGCUUCUUUGAGCCUGGCUUGUUGGGAAACUAUCAGUCUGGGUCCAAUCUAGAAACAGAAACCACACGGUGAUUGUAAACAAGAGAAGCUUAAUAUAAAAAAACGUUUUAAAUUGGUCAGACUCCCAGGAGUUCAGCAUUUGCAGCAGCUGAAGAAGUGGUGUUUCCCUGGACCUGGCUGCCUCCCUCUCUCCCGGGUUCCACAGGGGGAAAAAAAGUUUUAAAUUGUGACAGAAGAUAUAAGAUAUAAGAGAGCUCUAUAUGGUACCCCAGAGAUAAGGGAGAGUACUCAAGGAAGGACAACCUUGUAAGAAGGAGCUAAGAUUUGGGGUCAGAGCUUGUUGAAGGAGUAGCUGCAGUCCACUUGAUGGCACAGUUUACUGGUUUGUCCGGACCAGAGUCGGUUUUCAGUUACUAGGCAAGCAGGAAGCCAUUCUCCAAGGUUCAGGGAAGCUGCAGGUGGUGUCUGGGUGUGGGCCUGGAGAGGGAGUGAGGAUUCUUUUUGCAUGCUGGACAGUGCUGGCUGGACACCUGGAGCGUAAGGGGUUUGUAUUGGGAAAGUUGAAGGAAGUUGAUCACCAGCCUGGGCCAGGUCUGUGAGGUCGCCAAGGAGAACCAUACAUUCUGGGACUGUGACUGGGGCAGAGAACUACCUGGUGUCUUUAUACCCACCUUGUUUACUGAUGGUGGAGCUGCCAGAAAGCAGCAGGUGAGCCCCGUCAGGGUGAAUUUGGAGCUGAGAGACUAUAAAUUGAUGACUGGUAUGGAAACUUGUCAGGUUCUAGAAAGGUUUUGGUGGGAGAAAACAUCAUAAGGGAAAUUUAAAAAAUGCUUCACCUGUCCAACUCUGACCUCCCUGUUUUGCAAUAUACUAUGCAGCCUGUCCAAGCCAAGAACCUGGAAUAAAGGUAAAAUAGCAAAAAUGUCAGGUCAUUUGGAAAACAGGCCCAGUAAGAAACCUUGGGCCAGUAUUUUCAAAAUCUAAUGAAUUUGAUAAUUUUGUAAAAGAAAACGGAUCUGAACUAGAAAUCUGGGACUAUUAUAAAUAUUCUGGAAUUAUAUGGAAGAAGAUCAGAAUAUCAGGGGAGUGGAUUGCGUUCCUUCAAUUGUGUUUCAUCAAGGUGCCACAUAACUUUUGAGUGUUUUUGGAAAUUGAGCGUUUCCUGCAAUUGGAAUGCUUUGUUUUGUAGUAUAUUGCUUCAAUUAAGCCAUGAUUUUUUUCUGUGUCUUCCACAUAUUACUCUUAAUUUUGCCUUUCAAGACAAUCUCACAUUUUGGUCUUCCUAAUAUUGGAACCAACAAAAAUAAUGCUACUUCCAUCUUUCAGGCUGUUUCUAGUUUCUAAAUUAUUUUUUUGGACAAAGUUUUAUGUUCAUUAUUGUCUCACUUUUUUUUGAAUGCUGUCUGGCUUUCCCUGUGUUGUUUAAAUGUCUAUAUUAUACAAAUGAUCCAGAGCCCUACUUAACAGCAAAACUCUAGAGUAUGCACUUUAUUUUUCGUGGUGAUAUAUGAUUGACAUAUAUUAGUUUCAGGUAUACAACAUAAUGAUUCGAUAUUUGUAUAUUUGUUAUUUGUAUAUAAGUCUAGUUAACAUCCAUCAACUGUAUUUUUUCUUAUUGCCACCCAUAGCUAAUUUUUUCCCAGCUUUGUUGAGGUAUAAUUGACAAAAUUGUAAGAUGUUUAAAGUGUAUGUCGUGAUGAUUUGAUAUACACAUGUUGUGAAAAGAUUCCUCCAUCUUGUUAAUACAUUCAUCACCUCAUAUUUAUCUCUCUCUUUUUUGGUGCGUUGUUUUCAAUUUUUAAGAAAUGUGGCAUCAGAUGUCCAAGAUGCAUAGAAUAGAUCAUAAAGGAUCUACAUAUUGUUCUUUGAUAAUUUAUUAUUCCAUUCAGCAUUCAUUUAUUUGGCUCUGCAUGGCGGUGGAAGGAGGAGAGAGGAGUGUAAGGGUGGGAGAGAUGAUGACAAAGUAUGGCUAUCGUGAGGAACUCGAUGGAAAUAUGUAAGUGGAUACAGUUACACUACCCCAGGUAAGUAUUGUUUCAGAGAAAUGAAGAUGGAGCAACUGCUAUUAAGGCACAGGCGGUGGAGCAGCUAAGUGGCCGGAAGAAUCAGGAAUGAGUUCGCUCAGGAGGGAAUGCUUGAGCUGAUCUCCAAAAUGAACAUAUUUGCCAUCAAAGAAAUUGGAUGGAAGGGUGUUUGCUCUAGGCAGAGAGUAAGACGUGCAAAGACUUGAGUCAUUAAAAAGGUCUGAUACAAAAUUACUGACUUGGAAGGGUAUGUUGUGUGUUGUUAGUGGAAGAAACCAGUGCUUUAAUAUCGGGCAGAUUUGUUUUAUGAUUCCACCAUUUAUUAGCUCUUUGUUGUAAACAAGCUCCUUGAUCUUGCCUGAGGCUUUAUUUAAAUUUUCCCUUCCAUUUGUAGUAGGUAGUUGGCAGUUUUGUUUCAAGAAUUAAAUGGUAAUGCCUCUCACGUGAUUUCAGUAAACACUAGCAGCUAAUAAUGUUAAUACACCUAGGUGGGGGGAGGCUUUGAGCUCAGCCCCUGGCAUUCAUUCACCAGUUACAACUCUUGAAAACUGUGCUGGAAUAUAUUAAGAAAUGCUCUUAUCUCCCUCUCUUCCCACACCAAGGUAUAACUCUUUUGAGGAGAAAGAAAUAUCUCUCUCCAUUCUGUAGGCCACAUACAUUCUUUAGACUGUAAGCAUUAUGAUUAGGAUCCCAAUUCUCUUCUUCCUCUUCAGGAUGCUUCAGCCCAGGGUUCCUGUUGGACCACUGAUGUCCUUUGUGCUCCGUCUCUCCUAGUUACCAUCCCCACACUCACAUAAUGGAAGGGUGUUUGAGCCUAGGCAAUGCUUUGCCAUUGUAAAGUGGUGGCCCUUGAAAGGAUACUUCGCUUUGGGUCUUCAGCAAGGUAUAGGCUUGACAUCAUGAGUUGGGAGUGGAGGUUCAAGGGAAGUACACUUGUUACUUAUCCUUUAGACCUCUUCACCGUACAUAUGAUUAAAGCAAGUUUAGCUGGUAGACUAGGCCAGUUGCCAUAGCCUCCCCAACACUCUCACUUCUAGUAGGAGAAAAGAGAAGGUGUGAGGUGGGGAACGAGUAAAAACAGAAAGGGACAACGAGGUGAAAUACGAACUUUGAUAGCAUCACUAUUUUGAACUAACAGACCCUGCUUUGGUUAGUUUUUUCAUGGAUUAGUAGAAGUUUCAGAUUCCUAGCUGGUGACCAUGCCUACAAAGUAACUUUACAAGGGGAUGUUACAACAUCUGUAUCCUGGUUUGCAUGUGACUUGUUUUCUGUAUACAGUAGAAUGUCAAAUUUGAGGGGUUCAGUUUCAGUGUCAGGUCUCUACUUAGCCAUGGUCACAAAGAGGAGCCCCCAAGUAUGAAAGGAUGAGUAAGGUAUAGAGGUGAGGGGUGAGGAGUAGAGGGGACAUCUGCCAGGAUGAUUGGAAGGGUAGGAAUCGUCUGUUGUCUAGUAGGGAUAGAAGGGGGACUCCCCUUUGAGUCAUCUUUGUAGAGUUCUGAAUUGUAAAAGUAGGAGCUGAUGUCUCUGUAUCCCAGUUCUAGGAUCUAGAAAUGUCUAGAUUUUAUAGCACAGAGUUUUUAUAGCAUUCUUUGCCCCAUAGUCUCAGGUUCAGGUGGGAAAGUCCAAACUCUUAGCAUUACCUGUGUAGCAGGAGCCUUUCUGACUGUUGGAAGGCCUCACUUGGCAAGAAUGACACAAAUGAGGGCUUUGGUUCAGUACUUUAAACAGUAUCUUGUCCAAGAGUCACAUAUUCUGGGCUUCCCUGGUGGCACAGUGGUUAAGA